AUGCAUGCAAUCUGCCUGAAGCAGAUCGCUCGAGAACGCAGGCUGGCAGGCUACGGCACCUCUGAGCCGCUCAGCACAUCAGCUGAUCUGGCAGUCCAGCAGCUCUGGCUUUGUUCUUGCUACACGGGAUUCAGAGAAGAAAGCGGCGAGAGAAAAUCUGGCUCUGGAGCCAAGCGAGCCGUUCCAAUGCGCGCAUCUCUGGUCGGAAUGAGGCGCGUCGGAAAACAUCGCCGAUCCCAUAUUGACGUCGUCGUGCAGCGACUCGACGCCAAUCGGCGAUUCUCUCAAGCCCGAUGCCACCAGAUGUACCCACGUUUUGCUCGUGCUUUCUUCGUCUCACAGCAGUCCGCAGCUGAGCUCGACUCUCGACCGCAUCGUUGUCCUCUUGAUGUGUCUUGA